UGAUAUCUUGUCGCGUUGAUUUAUUGAUUUAUCCCUGCUGUGUCUUCUUUCAUAUUGUCGGAGUAAACAAAAUUAUAGUCAAGGGUCAGAACGCUGUCGAGAUGGGUGACGCUGCGGCACUUUUGAGUGCCUCGUUUACGGUCAGGUUGAGUCAUGAUAAGUCCGUUGGUCAUGGUGAUGCGGUAAAGGAUUCUGUUGAUAUUAAGAUCUCUUGGUCACCUGUGGAUGAUUCCCCAAGGACACACCGCGAAGACUACUUCUUGAUCUUUUUGGAUGUUAGUAUCAGCGGAUCAUCGAAGGUCGGCAGCGAGAGCAUCGAACAUGUGCAAAAUAGCGGUCUGCAAGAUCUGCUGAGUACAGUCAAGUCGUCCAGUUCUCUUGUCGCUGGGAAGACAUGGAAUGGGCGCGUUACUCUUGUCGUGCCCGCGCGAUCAGGCUAUCUUGCACGAACCAGGAUCUUCGAGCAGCGUUUCAUCGGCUGUUCAGACUUGGGGUUGUUCCAUGACCGAACCGUCUUUGGAGGAGCUACCAAGCAUGGGAACAGCCAGGACUUUCGCUCGCUACUUGACAGCUCUGUUCUGUUCAUCGUACGGCCACACAAUGAUCAAUCUUUGAUCGAGGAAGUUGCUCUCAUCGAAGAAGUGCAUGCUCGGCUCAACUUCGAAUGGCUGCUUGAUGCUCAACCGAAAGAGAGAAAACUCGCCAUUGUUGAUGGCCACCUGAAUCUCCCUUCCUAUCUCCCGUUCUUCAACUCCGCGUCCGCCCUCGGUAUCAAAAUCGUGCUUCUUGACAAGCCGGAUCAUUGGCUUACAGAUCCCUCUCUACGACAUUUGUAUUAUGACUUUGUACCGAUAGACAUGACGCCGAACGGAGAGUUUUAUUUACGCAUUGUUGAAGCUGUCAAAGCAUAUGGACCCGUGGAUGGCAUCUGUGCUAUCGCCAGCUAUUGUCUUCUUCCAGUCGCCAAGGCAGCUACUAUUCUAGGCCUACCGACUGAAUUACCAGAGGCCGUUGCUUGUGCUGUCAAUAAGUACGAAACAAGACUUCUUAUCGGGGGCGCUGAGCCAACAACACUUGUUUCAUCUGCAUCAGAGCUGGAGGAACAGACUACAAGAAAGGAAUUUGCUCCGCAGUACCCAUCCAUUGUCAAGCCAGGCUCAGGAACUGGGUCUGCGCAUGUGUACAGAGCCGACAACGAAACGGAGCUCCUCGAAGGAGUAAGACGGACGUGUGAAGGGUCAAGCAAGAAGGCGCUCAUAGAGGCCUUCAUCGAGGGACCCGAAUCCGACGUCAACUUUGUACUUCUCGACGGGGAAAUCAUCUUCUUCGAGAUCUCCGACGACUUUCACAGCCCAGGUGAUAACGGGGAUAUUGACAGCGACUUUUGGGAAAAUUACAAAUGUCCUCCCUACGAAGCUACCGGCUAA